CCAAAAAUAUCCCCAAAGCUGUGCACCAGAGAAACGGACGAAGACAACAGAGCUCCAGAAGAGGACAGAGCUGGUACUUCUGUCAGAUUAUUUGCAUCAAAACAAGAAGGAAGAUCAUGUUUGUCCCCUUGCCGGUGCCGUUCGUGUUUCAGAGAAGUGCUGCUGACCUCGCCGCCUGGCGUCUCAAGUCUCCUCAGGCUCUCCGCUCCAACUCCGAUAUCAGGAUGUCAAAGCCAGCAGAGGUCGAGAAAGUCGGGGCCAACUCUCCGAUGGAGGGCGCAGAUUCAGAGCGGAAUGGACCUGAAUCAAAUCACCAGGCUCAGUCAAUGAAAGUCAAUCCUUAUUCCCUUUCACAAGCCCUGAGCAGCAACAAGAAUAAGAUGGAGGAGUGUGGAGAGAUGUCCCCGGCCCUCCCUCUCUCUCACGGCCCGACCCCCUCUCAGACCCUGCAGCAGCACACACAGCUCAUGCUGACCGGCUCCCAACUAGCAGGGUUGACGGCUCUUCUCCCAGCUCAGCAGCAGCUUCUCCUCCAGCAGGCUCAGGCUCAGCUCCUAGCAGCAGCCGUGCAGCAGUCCUCUGCAGCGCAUGCCGCUCACGUUGCCCACGCAGCAGCCAAUCAGCAAGCUCAGGCCGCCGCAGCAGCAGCCAAUCAUCAUCAGGCCCAGCAGCAGCAUCAGGCCCAGUCUCAGGCCCAGUCUCAGUCCCAGGGACAGAGCACACAGGACCAGACAGUCCAAAGCGUCCAGCCCCCCCAGCUCAAUCUCCCUCAGCCAAUCCAGCUCACCGCCCAGGACAUCCAGCAGCUGCUCCAGCUCCAGCAGCUGGUGUUGGUGCCCGGUCACUCUCUGCCCUCUCCGGCCCAGUACCUCCUCCAACAGCCACAGCAGGGCCAAGGACUCCUAUCGCCACAAAAUCUCCUUUCGCUACCUCAUCAAAACCAAGGGAGCCUGAUGUGUGCUUCGAGCAGAAUGGGACUCCAAGCACAGCGGGAUAAGAGUAUGGAGGUGAGCGGCGUGACCGCGGCGCCCUCAGUGACGACCCCUCACCCCGAGGAGCCCAGCGACCUGGAGGAACUGGAGGUGUUUGCCCGCACUUUCAAACAGAGACGCAUCAAACUGGGCUUCACACAGGGAGAUGUGGGUAUGGCCAUGGGGAAGCUGUACGGCAACGACUUCAGUCAGACCACCAUCUCCCGCUUCGAAGCCCUCAACCUGAGCUUUAAGAACAUGUGCAAGCUGAAGCCACUGCUGGAGAAGUGGCUCAAUGAUGCAGAGACCAUGUCUUUAGACUGCACCAUGCCCAGCCCCAGCUCCCUGUCCUCUUCCUCGAUGGGCUUUGACGGGAUGCCUGGCCGCCGCAGGAAGAAGAGAACCAGCAUCGAGACGAAUGUACGCGUGGCCCUGGAGCGCGCAUUCAUGACGAACCAGAAGCCUACCUCAGAAGAGGUCCUGAUGAUCUCAGAGCAGCUGAGCAUGGAGAAGGAGGUGAUCCGGGUCUGGUUCUGCAACCGCCGGCAGAAAGAGAAACGCAUCAACCCCUGCAGUUCCACCCCGCCCCUGCCCAGCCAGCCCCCCUCUGCCCCCCAAAUGCACAAACAGCCCUGCUACAGCCCUCACAUGAUGUCCAGCCAGCUGUCCCAGGCCGUGACCAAUCUCAGCACAACGGUGUCCACCAUGUCUCCCGGCUGCCCCCUGACCUCCAGCCUGACCUCCAGCCACCCCUCCCUAAGCUCCACCCACCCCUCCCUAAGCUCCGCCCCCUCCCCGGUGACCCCUCCUCCCCGCAGCACGGUCAGCCCCGCCAUCCCCAGCCACAGCACACUCAACAUCAACACAGGCUUAUGGCGUAUGGGUAAAAAGAACGGUGACGUGUCUAACUACAUCACCGAUUUUGCUGCAAACUUGAGGAACACUGUGAUGGGAGUUAACACAGGAAUGAACCAAGCCCUCCUCGCCCUAGCAGCCAGUGGUGGCCAGCUGCCUCUUUCCAGUCUUGAAGGGGCCAGUAAGCUGAUGCUGGGGGGGGGCCACGGGGGCCUGCCCUCCUCCCUCUUCCUGAACCACCCGGCCCUGCUCCACAUGAGCCAGAACCCCGGACUCUUCAGCGCCGUAGCCAAAGCCUCCCAAGCCUUCCCAUUGGCCAGCAGCAUCAGCCCCACCCCCUGCUCCCCAUCCCCCUGCUCAAGCCCCGCCUCUUCCUGUUCCUCCAGCGAAAUGGCGCACAGCCCGACCUCUCUGGGCGGGGCCAAGAUUGAGUGACCGCGCCAAACGGCCAAUCAGAGAGGAGGAGGAGGAGGAAGGAGGAAACGGAAACCUCGCCUUUCACACCAAAGCUAUCUCUUUCUCUCUCUUGCGCUCUUCUUCCGAUAUUUUUCUCGCAAUGGUUCUCUCUCUCGUUCUCUCCCAGUCUUUCGAUGCCAAAAAUACACAGAAUGAAAGAGGAGAGAGGGAGGGAGGGAAGAAGUGAAAGAGGGGAGAAGGGGGGGGAAAGGGGAAGAUUGAAACCAAAAAUCUUUAUCUAUCCAAACAGACGGAGAGGAGGCAGCGUGGGACCUUUUUGUCAAAAACACGUGAUAUCGACAUCGCUUUCUCUCUCAAGGAAAACAAACCAAUGACUCUUUAACAGAGAAGCAUGUCGAAGCGCAUAAACCAAAAAUGACAAAAGAUAACUUUACUAUGUGACAAAGGAAUGGCGGCAAGGACAACAAAAGAUGGAGGGGAGGACUGUGCUUACGUUUUCCCUUUUUUAAAUUAUUUCGAAAAGCUGCGGGUCUGAAGGAAGAGGAGAAGGGAGGAGAAGUUUAAACCAAAAAUGUACCUGAGGAGGAGAAGGAAGAAGAAGAAUACACAAUGACAAAAAAAAAAAAAAAAAAACGACAACCAUACCAAAAUCCCAAAUACCAAAAACCAAAAAUACGGAGAGAAAAGCUUUAUUCAAAGGACGUGUAAAUACUGAAGCUAUCCAGGACCAGGACUACUGCUACUGCUACACACACACACACACACACACACACACACACACACACACACACACACACACACACACACACACACACACACACACACACACACACACACACACACACACACACACACACACACACACACACACACCAUCGAUCAUCCUGUCUGUCAGCUCAUGUGUCUCUCUUCAUGCUAGAUAUAUAUUGAAUGAUUUUUGUAAAGAGUGUUACAGAGCGAGUCCAGACGUCGCGUUUGAAUGAUCGCCGUCUUAGUCUCUUUACCUACCUCUGGUUCCAAGAGCAUAGAAUAGCUUUCUUCUUUGACAGAGGCUUAGUGUGUGUUUUUUUUUACACUUUUGAGAGUUGGGAUUGAGUUAUUUAUUAGUGUCAUUUCCAUCAUCAUUGUCUUCAUCAUGUGUUCAUUUGUUUUAAGUGUGACUAUUCUGCAGAAACAGCGGUGAAGAGAAGCUCACCAAGUGCCAUAGAUACAAAAAUAGAGUUGAUUUCAAGGUGUGACUGAAUUUAUUAAGACCUAAACAUUUAGCGCUCAUAAUCAGACCACUCUCUUAAAGAUAACCCCAUCACCAGAGCCUCCGUGACUAAAUGAACAUGCCCUGGAAAACUUCACACACUGAAAAAAGACGUUGGUUAGCAGUGAAAGUAUGAAAUGGGGCUCUGAUUGGACAUUUAAAAAGUAAUAACCAUUGAGACUGAAGAAUAAAUAAGUCAAUAAAGGCAAGUUUAGUCACAGUCCUGCCACACACCUGUCUGUCUAGACGUGUUUACUGAUGUUCGUCUGUUUCCAUCAUCACCCCAUCGAUCGCAUUUCACUGUCAUUUUCCACCUCAGACUGCCAUUCAUUCUCAAAUGGAAACCAAAGCAUUCUCAAGGCCCGGGCUAAAGAGCCUCCGCCAGGACGUUUGAACACAAUGAAGACACACGGAGGGGCAGGACGUUUAAGCCCCUCUUUGGUGUCAUCCCCUCCACCUGGCCCGUCCCAAAAACCCGCGGGGGAAGCUUUAUUUAGGGAACUGAUCCUUUACUCCGAAACCCCCCAGAAAGAAAGGGACAGGGCGGGAUGAAGGAGGGAUGCACCGUAGUGACGGGAGCAGGCUUCUUUUUUCUUUUUUUUUGUAAGAGGAUACCAAAAAUAAACCCAUACCAAAAAAAACACAACCCAAGGAAUGACAAACCAAAAAGAAACCCUAACCAAAUGUGGCUGGAGGGGGGAGGGGAGGAGGACAAAGUGCUGGUGUCUGUCUGUCUGUCUGCGAGCUUUAGAGUUUCCCUCUCUGAAACUGUGUAGCAUGGAUGGAGGGAGGAUAGACAGGCAGACAGACAGGUGAAGGACACACAAUUCCUCCCCUCCUCUGCCUCUCUCUCCAGCCCAGCUCUCUGGUCCUGGAUGGAGCUAAACGCAAAUGACCUCACUGAACUGAAAUCUUCUAAAAAAAAAUUCUGUUUUUAUUUUUCUGUUGGUUGUUUUUUUCCGAUUGUUUUAUCUCUGCUGUGUCUCUUGAUGCCGUUUUAUGUACUGUACUUUAGUGCUUAUUACUCAUUUGGAAUAACGUACUCGCUUACUUAUUACUACAAGAGCUCCUUAUUUUUUCGUAGUCGUGCUAGAGAUUUUUAUCAGGUGGUUGGAAAAAAUACUGUGAAAAUUUAGCUUCCAGAUUUUUAUUAGAUAAAGAAACAGACUGUCUUGGCAGAGGAAAAAAAAAACGACACACAAAAAGCCAAAAAUAAAUAGCAAACCUUGAAAAACCAAAUACUGAACCAAACCAAACACAGUAGAGGAAUCCCACGAGGGAACAGAAACGGGUCGAUCUGUCUGAGGUGAAACUGCGUUGUUCUGCACUUAUUGGGAGGCCAGAAAAGAAAAAAAGGGUCUGCAGUGAUGUCUUGUCAUUCAUUUUGACCCCAGAGACGGCACUUCCGACGCAGAAUAACUCACACACACAGCGGCCUCAGUCAAGGUUGACGUUUCUGAGAGCUGGACGUAAACGUAUCCAAAGAAUAUUUGGUUUGAUCCACACCAGAAAAACAGUCGACACGCGAGAAUCGUUUCACGAACCAAACUUUAGAUGUGGGGUUCGCACCUUCAAGGUGAAACCUGUUCUCCACAUUGACUCUUAGACGGAAUGUAUCUGUUAGUGCUUCUAUAGAUUUUGUAGAAAAAAGAUCUAUGUUCUACUGCUUACUUAUCGCUAAUGUAUUAAAAAGAAAAAAACGUACAAAAAAGACUUUGAGAAAAAAAAAAGAUCCUUAAAAACAUUGAUGAUAAUAACUUGAUUUUAGACCAAAAAUUGUAACUAUCUCUCUUUGGACUUUUUUUUUUUCCUUAUUAAUGAUGAUUUAGACUUUUGAUUGUACUAUUUAUUCAGGAUAGGGUUGAUUUAUUUGCUUGCUAUUUAUUUGUUAAUUUAUUUCUAGAGGUGCUUUUUCAUAUCCUGGGAUGUAUUUGUGAUAGAUUUUCUUAUUUUGUGCCCCCUGAUGAAGUUCUUUCCUACUUCUUUAAACCAAAUAAUACCAGAAAUGCAACCACGUCCUGUCGGGACUUAAUAAGAGAAUAUGGCGGAUUGAAUGGUCAGCCGUUAAGAUGUGCUCACAGGAACGAGAGGCAGCACUGUGUGGCAAACACCUCAUCAUCAGCAGGGUAAACAAUGCAUUUGAUAGAGGCUUUCUGGACUUCUCCUGAUAAUGGGACAGAAAUGGUUAGUUUAAUUCCUGUUUCAAUGCAUACAUACAAUGUGUGAGAAACUGCAGGAUGAGGUGUUUUUUAAGACGCUGUUCUGCCUCUUCUUGAUAUCUUCUCUCAAGGGAGAAAACACUGAAAGCUUUACAGCUACGCAACCAAAAACACAAAAGAAGAAAAGCAACUGGGGCUAGCGGUUUUUACAUGACAGGAGGCAAGCGGGUGAUUCUGGAUUUUAAACCCGUAUAUUACCUUCUACUUUGUCUCUUUUUUCAGUUUUUUGUUUCCACUUUUCUAGACGUCUGUUUAAAACUUUUUUCUUCAUCCACUGUAGGAUGUAAAAGAGAGAUAGUUCAUCAUAUACCUCAUAUUCUUUGAUGAUAAACCAAAUAGAUGAAUGCUUUAAAAUGCGGGGUUCGAGCGGGGAUAACGGUGUUAUGUGUGGAAAGUGUGAUUUGUGGCAUGAGAGCAGACGCAGUAAAGCCGAGGUGUGAACACAGAGGUUUGGGAUUGAUCUGGGAGUCGACAGAUCAUGGAAUAGAUCCGUUUUUCUCAAGGGAUUCAGAAGUUGCCAUUUAAGGUCAAAGGGCUGCACUGGUUCAAGCUCUGGUCCACACACACACACACACACACACACCUUGUCCCUCUGGAAAACACCCCCCGCUGUCUGUGUUGAGCUUUGAGCACAGCCCUCUCCUCACAUCUGACCCUCGCUGUUUCCUCCCUGUCAAACACGGACUGUAAAGCUGCUCUUUGGUGCAAAUCUAGACUCUAAUCUGGAUCAAUCUUUUUGAAUUCAAAAGCUUCUAGAUUCUUGCUACAGUGCAGCUUUACCCAUAAGGUCUCCAAAACCCCCUCUCGCCUUUAGGUCUUGCCUGAUGAGGGGGCAUAUUGACCAGUUUAUGUGAAUCAGGGGUGCAGCAGGGCAGGUCAAUGGGGAUUGGCUGGGACCGCUGAUGCUAGGUGACGCAUCCAAACACUUCUCAAGACCCGGUGUGUGUUGAGACUUUAGAAGAAGCAUUUGUUGUUUUGCUCUCCUUCAGCAUUCAGAGGAAAUGGGAGGAUGUUUGUGACGAGGCUCUUCUUUAGUGAGCGUUAGGGUUUGAGGGACCGGGUGUGAACGUGUUGGUCUCUCCGGCGGGGAUACCCCCUUAGUGAAUGAUACCAAAGUUAAUGCCCCGCCAUGGGAUCCAGCACCAUGUACACACUCCCUAAAACCCUGAUGUCCACCUUCAGAGAGCGUUCAGAAACUCUUCUUUCCUCCAUGCUUUAAUCUCUCUCCAUAAAAUCAGGCUCAUAUGCGGCCUUUUACAACAUCCAAAAAAUGUGUUUUAAAGGAGUAACUUGACAUUUUUGGGGAAUUAAGUGUAUUCAUUUUCUUGCCAAGAGUUAGAUAAGAACCAGGAAGGAAGGUCUUUGCAGGGCCAAGCUAUCGUUCUUGCAGGCUAAUAUAAGUUCUGAACAAACUAACUAACAUUUUUUAGCUUUAAAGGCAGAUUUUGUUCCGUACAUAUAAAUAAUUGUUUAUUGAAACUAAACUGAAUGUAUUAAGACAGUAGCUUCUAGCAGUGGAGCUCCUCAACUGAAAGCUCAAACUAAAUAAAGGCUUGCCGACUGAAAGACCACAUACAUAAUAAUGCUGUGAUAGCACCGUUGCAAAUAAGCGUUGCCUGGGCUAUUCAUAUUGAAAACAGUUCCUGUUUAGGUAUUGUUUUGUACUUAAGUGACGACUUUAACCCUAAACUUGGCACUUAAUGAAGACAGAAUGAAAGAGUUGUUAAUGGUGAUGCUUUUAGAUACUGCUGUGUAUUGGAUGCACUCACGUUUCUUUUAGAAAAACAGACACAAACGAAUUGAUCAGUGACCUAUAUAUUUGUGCUAAAGUGAACAAAACAAUAUGAAUCAGCAAAGUGAGUCAUCAUUUCCACCUCAUUUGGACAGAGACAUGCUAGCUCUUUCCCCCUGCUAAGCUAAGCUAACAUAGCUCCAUGUUGUUAUCAUAAGGGUUUAGGGUUCAUCAUCCAAACCUUGGCAAGAAAACCUCAAAACAUGUCAAACUAUUCCUUUGAAAUGCAAGAAACAGUGCUUGAAAUUGAAUCAUGUCAAGAUAAGAAACAGAAGGAGAGACACGGUGAGCAGAGCCAAAAACAACAACAAACAAGCUGCUUCUUCUUCCUCCACACCCCCCUCUCCUCCAUCCCUCUCUCCUCUCUGUCUUUCUCUCGUCUACAAUACAGCUUUAGUCCAAAGGUUUUCCUCCAGCAACACAGAGUCAGACGUUAAAGAAUAAAACCAAAGAGCUCUAACUUCUCUUCAACACAAAGCCUCCACCGACUCCACUUCUCUCUUUCUCUCUCUCCAUCUCCCUGUGUACUCUCUUUAAGUCCUCCGUCACCUAGCGCGCCGGUCUUUGAAGCGCUAACCUCAGCUAUCCAAAGGGGAAUAAUAAUAAUAAUAAUAAUAUUGAUAAUUAAGAUGAUAAUGAAAUGUAUAUUUUUAAGUAUUUGUCAUUGGAAAAAUAAUCUUCUCAUAAUUAUGAUGAUGAUGAUGAUGAUGAUGGUGGUGAUGAUGAUGAUAAUGAAGUUUCUCUUGGUAUCUUUGUAGCUGUUCUGAUCCUUCUUAAGUUCUUGUCCUUUCUGCUCGUCAUCACCCCUCCCUCCCUCCCUCCCAUCCUCCCCCCUUUUUCAUUUGGUUUACCCAGUGUGUGGUCCUAACGUCAUACCUGUCUGACCUUUACCCCUGUGUGUGUGUGUGUGUGUGUGUGUGUGUGUGUGUGUGUGUGUGUGUGUGUGUGUGUGUGUGUGUGCGUGUGCGUGUGCGUGUGCGUGUGCGUGGGGGUUGCUGGAUAAAUGGGACGGGUGUGGUGUGUUUAAAAAAAAAAAAACACACAAAAAGAUUCCUUGUUCUUUGGACAACAACGAUCCCCCCACACACACAUGACCUGUCAACUGUAACGUACCGUUUGCCAACUUCCUAUAGUUUGAAUUCCCCCUGUCACAACAGUGUGUGUGUUAGUGUGAAUAUGUUUUUAUUUGUUAUCAUAAAAGGCCUUUUUUCUAUUUGUUAUGCAACUCUAAAACCGGUUUAAACUUUGUGUGUGUGUGUGUGUGUGUGUGUGUGUGUGUGUGUGUGUGUGUGUGUGUGUGUGUGUGUGUGUGUGUGUGUGUGUGUGUGUCUCUGUGUGUCCUCCUCCAUCCUGUGAGCAGCCCCCCUUUCUCCCCCCUAAUCCCCUUCCUUUCCCCCCUCUUCUCCCUUGUAGUAGCAAGUUAGCCUUUUAGUGUAUUUAUCUUGAAAACCAAAAAAAAAGAAGAAAAAUAACUCUACUUGUUCAUUGUACAGUGUUGUUCAUUUUAAGUCAUUUUUGUAACUGAAAGUGUUUCAUUCAUCCAAAUAAAACAGGAGACAAAAACUGUACAGAUGAUCCCC